AACUCUAUUUGAUAUUCAUGCGCAAAAUAAAUUUCUAUCACAGAACUGUUAUUAAUCAUUGGUGUUUUGCCAAGCUGCGUCAACAAUAGUCCUAGAGUAGUUCGUAAUAGAUAUAUUACACUGGCUUUGAACUAAGAAGAUAUUAUUAUUGUAUUAAUGUUUUAUUCUCUGUAGACCCGAGGGCUCCGCGAACCUCAGUAUGAGAACCACUGUUUUAUAACAUCAACUGUCUUAUACGUCUAAUCUAGAAAAAAUCUCGGUGACUUUGGCAAUACUAGAGGAAUAUCAUAAUUUUGGAGCUUAAUUCUUUGUCCGAGUCUUUUAAAUAUACUUAUUGUGAACAGAAGAGAUUUACAUUCUUUAAGACUAUGAAUCGCGUGGCGUCAUUUCGCGAAGCUCCUGCAGGCUACAGCCAGCAGCUUUCAUUUCUAAGGUUAUCGGAAGCUGGCUUCUGCUACACAGGUGAAAGCUCACUUGUCCAAUGUCAAGGUUGCGGAAAGAAAAUUUCGAUGAAGGACAUGGUCAACGAAGGGGAGACAACAAGCCCAAAUGACGUCAAGUUCCAUAACUCUGUGUGUAACUUUGCGGAUAAAGAUGAGGUUAAAAUGGAGAUAUGUGACAACUUAAACUUGUAUAAAGGCGAGUCAAAGUCAUUAUUCAAUCCCCUCGUUUCUCGGACUAGUUUAUGCAAUGGAUUCUCACAUUCUAACGAGAAACAUUAUACAGAGUUAUCUUGCUCUCAGAUAUCAACUAUUUCAGACGAAAUCUAUCUCUACGAUGAUUCCAAUGAUGUUGAUUAUGAGAUAGCGACACUUAAUCAACAAACAGAACAAAAUGACAUGGAAUGCAGUAAAAAUCCUGGCCACUUUGGUUAUUUUCCAGUGAGCAAUUUCAAAAUGGAUCAUCUGCCAGGACUUUCCAGAAAUCUUUAUGUGCUUAAAUUUUUACAGUUGCUUGCUCUGAUGACUGUGAAAAUAAAUGUCAAAAUGUGUAACACGUCUGGUUGUUAUCAUCAAUCUGGAACUGGUUUUGUUUUACUAGAGACUCGUGAAUAUCCAACAAAUAAGAAUGUAGCUUUAUCUGCAUGUAACGGAACCAACAUCUCUUGUGGAAUGUGUAGAGAUAACUCCACUUCUGACACCGACAAUGAAGUAUACAUAAUUACAAGCAGACGUUUGGUGACUUGCAGUCCAGACCCUGGCAAUAUUACAGUUGACUUCUGCUGUGAUGAACUUUUGAGUGGUCAAUCAAUAACAAUUGAAGUAGCCUCGAUUCAUCCCAUGACCAACAACAACGAGUCCAUACUAGUGUGCCGUCCAAAGGAUGUAGCCUUUGUCCAGAAAAUACAUCACAUCAGAAGUCAAAUUCUAGAACUUGUUGGAAAUAUUCCAGACUACGUAAAAGAUUUCCUGAGUAAAAAAGUUUUUCUGAUACACCAUCCUCACGGCAAAGACAAAGUCUUAAGUCAUGGUGACUUUGUACAAGUCAAUUACACACUUGUAGCAGACGACAAGACCAGGACCUUGACACUGCAUAAAAUGUCAAGAACUGAAUCAGUUAAUGCAGAAGAUUUGAAAAAUUCAAGGAAGAUUUUAAUGUACACAGCAGACACUUGUCUGGGCAGCACUGGGGCGCCUGUCAUCACAUUCACUCAAAGGUCACCUAGCGGUCACUUUAAUCUGGACAUCUGGAUGCACGUUGGUCAGCACAAGACACACGGUCUAGGAUGUUCAGCAAUGAAAGCUUUGGAAAAAUGGGAUCUGGAUUCGGUAAAAAAUUGUGCAAGUCAAGAUACAUCAAAGAAUGCUACAGAUGAAACAGCAUCAUGUAAUGAGCACGCAAGAGAUUCACUUGGCCAGAGCCCUGUAGCUCCUUCUUAUCUAGCGUUUGUUACCAGGGAGAAACGUUUAGAAACCUUUUCAAACUGGUCUCAUCAACAUAUUCAUCAACCUGAAUAUCUCGCCAGCAUUGGAUUCUUCUACGCAGGAUACUCUGACUGUGUCCGAUGUUUCCAGUGUGGUCUGGGACUUCGCUCAUGGAAACCAGGAGACAACGUCCUCGAGGAGCACAAGAGACUCAGAGGGUCAUGCACGUUUCUGCAGAAGUUGUUGGACAAUGUGACCAGGUGAUAGACAUCGCAGAAAGAGAAGGCACGCCGCAUUGAAAGGCAGCGAAAUUCUCUAAUACGAUUUGAAAAAUAAUCCAUCGCAGUAGGCUGACACACGCCCGUUAUAUUUUGAUCAGCUGACGGCUUUGAAGAAAGACUGAAGAGUGGAAGAAAUGAUUGAUACCUGCAAUCCAGUGAGAAUGUGUCACCAGAUAUCACAGGAAUGAUAGAAAGUAUAAAGUAAAGAAUAGGAAACACUGACCGUGGUGUUGUGUUUAGAUACCCAGGAAGUGUUAUGCUCCUCAAGUUUAUUUAAACACUUGUAUCAAAAACAGUGGAAUUGCAUUGUGGUCAUGUGAUAAAGCGCUUGGCUUUCGGCACGCCAUAAGUUCAAACCCCUAUAAACUUUAAAUUUUGAGCAGUAAUUUUAAAAAUGACUCAGAAACCUGAAAACUCUAAUAGGUAUCUGACAUUAUUGGGAGAAAGCCAAGGUGGUUAGAUGUUGUGCUAGCCACAUGAAAUCACAGUUACUUUUGGUCAUAGAAGAGUAAAUUUAAAUCCUUUACUUAAAGAGCUACUAGAUUUGUUAAGAGAACAUUUAAUUAAAAAAAUAGAACAAAUAAUAAGGUGAUAUAAUGCAAUACAAAAUUAAAUUAUCUUCCAAUCUUAAAGUUCACUUGAAGCUCUUUAAAACUGAAUUUAAUAUUUUAAUUAGUAAUGGAGUCUUUUAACUAUUUGCAUGUCAUUUUUAUGGAAAAUUAAAGUGUGCUCUUUCAAAACA